AUUCCGCAAAUCUUUCUACUUUUAUUUGUAGUAGCUCUUUUAUUUCGUCCCACCAUGUGUAUAGUUUCCGCUCUGAAACGCGGUAAUUAGUGUUCGGUAGUCUCCUGUCGGUCGGUCCACCCCGUGCACAAACUGCUCCGUGUCUUCCGAGCAACAUUUGUGUGUCACCAUCCUUCACCAUUGCGCCACGGGUUUUUUGUCCCAUUGUACCAUUUUUAUCCCGCUCCUGCGGCCUCAUAUUUCUCUGCGUAGCCUGCUUUUCUUCGAGCGUCUGUUGAGUGCAACACUACGCAAACAGCUAUGGAAGUUGCAGCCGUCGCGCUGCUAGCACUGGGAGGCGCCGUUGGCGCGGCCGCUCUGGAGGCGACCUCGGGAUUCCAAGCGAACUCUGGGUCACCUGGAGACAGCUCUGAAGAGGAAGAUAGUUUCUCUCCCAGCAUGCGAGGCAGAAGCAUUUCACCUUCCAAUUUUGAAGUGGUAGGAGAGUCGGGGACAUCCCCCGUUGCCGACGCCAGCGACGAUGCAGGGGGAAACGGUGUCACUGCAGUUGAAGGAAACCGAACAGCUUGUCAGGCGGAGCAUUCCGGUGAAGGCAGGGAAUUUUUUCACAUCCCGCAGGUGCAGUCCUUUGCGUUUUCAGGAUUCUCGGCCGGUGCGAUUUCUCCGUCCUCCGCCGUGUCGACAACAAGGCGUUUAAACGUCCGCCCAAACUCCCGAUUCACAGAAAAACCUGGUCACUUCGUGGAAACAAAUCGCAACGUAUCUCAACCGGUAGAAGGACGCCCCAACGACGUUCCCGCUCCUCUGUUUUGGGCUCGGCUUCGCUCUUGCGCUUUUCCGCGACCUCUCGGCUGUGCUCCCAGCGACAUUCACCGUCCGGACUUCCUGCCAGCUUCUCCAGUCUUCGCAGGGGGCGGCCGAGGCACCGUGGAUGCUUCCGAUAGAAACGUCGGACCCUCUUCUGGAGUGGCAGCAGAGGGAGGGGCUGCUAGCAAUGUCGCUUGGAGGGAGUCACUUUCUGGUAAGAGUGACGGACGGUGUGGAACUUUUUCUCGAUCGGAACAGGGCCGUCAGGAUUUCUCAACUCAGGGGGGGAGCAGGGCGAGACGCGGUGCAUCUUUGCUGUUUCGUGCAUUCACGAAAUUCUCAGGACCCCUCCGGAGGGGUGAAUCAGUCCGAACGCCAGGUUCCGCUGAGUUUGCGACGUGUGCCGGCGACGAGCCUAGACGACAGAGCGGGGAUGUAACGCAGAACGUGGUGUCAACCUCCGCCGCCCUGAGUCGAUUUUCGUUUUCACAUGGCGGUCCCUCCACUGGAAAGGUGAAGACAGACCACAGGUCAGCAGUCGAGUUUCCUUGCUCCACCUCAGGACGCGAAGGCCGCUACCUAGGUCCCGAAACCGAAGCCCGCAUGGUUGCUGGAAGCGCGAUUCUCUCUCGAGAGACGACCGAGACCUCCACAUGCGGGGAGGAAGCGUCUUCGCGGUCAACAACGACAACAGUUGCUUCAGAUCGUGGAGAGUCUUCGACUUCUGCGGUCACUCGAAGAAGUUCCCUCUUGGGGCCCUCUGAAGGUCUUUGUACAACGGACUUCCGCUGUCGAGGCGGUAGUUCAGCCGGGUUGUCGAAAUCGGCCUCGAGCCCCUUGGUUGAUGAGGCAGUCACGAGUGGUGCAAGGAAGAGGCGGAUGCUGUCAUCCUCUGCGUGUUCUCUCUCCCGCAAACAUGAAGAAAUGGACGAUUGGAUGAAUUCUCCCCAUCCUAAGCGACGCAGGAGUCUUUUGGAAGCGCCGCAGAUGCCCGACCUUUCUGGCGUUGUCAGCCGGUUUUCAUCUACGCGAGAAGACCAUGCACGGAUGGGGGCGUUGCUGCAGCAGUCGGGAGCCUCCUGGGGUUCGCUCACGUGUGAAGCCGAGUCAGCGUUGGUCUCUCGGGUGCGAGUGAACCGCGGGGUAGCGCCGCGGCGUUUGGCGGAUCUUUCGAAAAACUCAGACGAGCAGAAUUCUGACAGAGACGGGAGGCGACGCCGGGAAAAUGGAUCAGAAACUCAGACCUCGGUCGCACCUACUUCAACUGCCGCAGGUGGAGCUUCCAACCUCGAGCUCACGGGUGAGGGAAGCUAUCGGAGGAGCCUGGGGACAAACCUGCGUCAGAGCAAGUCGCAGUCGCCAGACAUUUCUGCCCCUUUUGCUCCAAAGGGCAACGACGGUGCUCUAGCGGACGACGUCGAAGCCUCAGCGACGUUGCCACCAGUCGCCUCGACCUCGGUGAAGCUUGGGAUUGAGGGUCGGGGGCAGAAGCAAGAAGAAAAGGGAGAGAGAGCGGGACCGACAGAACACGGAGAUGUGCUUGGAGAGCUCAAGAGGCGUUCAGAGGCAAUGGAGGGAGAUCGCCUCGAAUUCGCGUGUGCCUCCAGCCAGACCAGCCACGCUCCGUCAGACUCGAGAGAGAGGCGGGAGACGCUGAAGAAAAGAGUUUCCCUGCUAGGGAGAAGAGUCCUUCCUCCGUGGCCGGCAGUUCUGGAGGCGAAGCAAGGCGUCGUCGAAAAGGCUACGGGCAAACCUCGAGAAGCUGAGCAGGAAAGCAGAGAGGAGCGCUGGGAAAAACACCCAACGAAAGCACCCGAGCAAGCCGACAGAGGACCGCUUUCGGACCGCUCUCCGGGACACUCGGGUGGGCCGUCGCCGUUGAGGCACGCAGACCCGACCGCAGCAGAAAGCGGACAGUGGCGUGAAUCUCGGAAGCGCCAGCCUGAGGCGUCUGAACACGGGGUUCUCCCAGUGCGGAGCGGGCAUCCGGUGAGCGGAGGAGGUUCGCCACAUCGAGAAGGGAAGAUUGCCUGUACGAGUGCAAAAGAGCACGGAGAUAGGGACGUCGUAGAGCAGGUUGGGCAGAAGAACUCGACUGCCGGAGCUUCUCGGGGAGGCCCAGCGAGGCGUGAAGAACGUUCAGAAGUCUCUCCAAAGCAAGAGAAUCAAGCAACAGGGAAACUCGAGGACAGUUCGCUUCCUGACCAAGGGGAACGCCUUGCAACCGAUGAGCGCGCCACAGCACAUUUCUCCGCUGAAACAGAAAUUCAGAGUGUCUCAAAAAGCCAGAAACCUUCGAGUUCUUCUUCCAAGCAAACCCGUCUUGGGCACAGUUCCCUGCCUCGCAGACCCGUCGAAGGCAGUCAACAGGAAACCAGUUCUGAAGAGGCAGCUGCUGAAAGAGCAGUCACCCCUGCGCCGGACUCAAGAGGCGACGCCGUCUGCCCAGAAGCGGGGAAAGACGAAUGUUCUGAAGGGGGAGAAAGGGAUAUCAAGAGAAGAAGAGUCGUUUGAGGCGCGAUCGCUUGAAGAAGCAACUCGUAGAAAGAAGGGAGACUCUGUGAGCAAGCUGGAGAAUCGCGAAGGAGACGCACAGAAAGUGAUAUUGCGUUAACGGGAAUGUCUGCAGUAGCGAAAAAUGCCUUACGUGCCAUCUGGGAGGAGCACCCAGCUCUUGCACAUACAUAUUGACGACUCGUGGCGGAAGCAGCGACGACGCUUCCCCUUUAAAAGCCGCGCCGUCACAUCUACUCGAACACUGAUAAGGUUUCCGUCAUGCUGGUGGGAUUCAAAUAGAUGCAGUUUCAUUUUCUUGUCUGCCUGAGGACAGAUGCCAAAGAGGGACGUGUGCCCCCACUUUUUUCCUGCUCCCGCCCAGGAGUCAUUGACUGGAGCGCAUGUUCCUUGUACCGCCACUAUUCAUACACACUACGGUGCUGCAUUUGCAUCUUGCGAGUUUUUACAUCAUGACAUCUGUUCCCGGCAGAUCACGGCAUGCGAAGCACUUGAUUAAUGGCUAGAAUAGCGGAACCUGCUUCUCUGGCGAGACACUUUCUUGGCAAAUCUUGGAGAUUACCAAGCGACUGUCCACAACCGUUAAAGGGGUGUCGGCAUCCAUAUUUUGUAGCUGUUCUCGCUCUUUUGGGUGUCAGUUUCUUCGGAAAGUUCCCUUUUGUAGACGGUGGUGGAAUAGUAGUCGUGAUACAACGGCGGAGGCAACGGAUCCACGCAACUAGACUAGACAAGAUAACACUCCCCAAAUGUUUGAUGGCCGCAGCAUAGGCACCAACUGCAGGGCGUUCUUUCAGCUAAUGCGGUGUACUACAACCUGCCUGGACAUUUUUUGUGGAUACGGAACAGUGCGGCUUCUCAUCCAGUUACCAAAGAACAAGCAAGGGGGAUGAGAAACAGCAGUACGUCCUCACCGUGGAUACGCGUGCUGCAAGCGAAGUCGCAGAUAAGGUACAUUACUCACAACAA